UAUGUUAGCGGUAAUGUAUGUAAUACGUUAUUUUAUUAAAUAACUAGUUAUUCUAUAAAAUUCCUAAAUAUGUUCGUUAAUAUAUAAAUUACACGGUUUUACUAGUUAAUAUAUAAAAUACCGAUUGGGUUUUCGUUAAUGUAUGAAAUUUAUAUCAUUAGGUAGAUAUGACCGGGACUGGAUUAGAUAACAUACAAAAUUUGUUACCGUUGUUGUUAUUAAUAAAAAUAAUAAGAUAAGAUAGUAUUGAACCACACCAUUUGGCAUAGACUAGACUUAUUCGUGUGACAGUGUACUGCGAGUUUACUUACUAGUUAGUUUAAUUAUUUUUAGUGUUGUAUAGUGUAAUAACUAAUAAGUGUGCUUUAAAAUGAAAACCAAAUUUGAUACAAUUAUAAAAAAUACAACAACAGAACGUAAUAACAGCACGUUUUUGCUGAAAGAAAAAUAUGAUUCCUUAAUAAGUGAAGUGAAACGUAUUAAAACAGGAAAAAAAGAAUCGCCACGUGAUUAUUGGUUAGUACAACGGUAUGAUGUGAUAGAAGUGCAGGGUAAUGAAAAACUUAUACGUCCAAUGAAAGAAAAUUCUGAUAUUAUAUUUUACGUCCACGACGAAGAAUUAUAUGAUAUUUUACUUAACAUUCACCUAUCUAUUGGACAUGGUGGUAGAGACAGAAUGAUGUAUGAACUGAAAAAAAAAUAUAAAAAUAUUACUCAAUCAAACGUCAAAAUUUUUUUAAAUUUAUGUGAAUCAUGUGUAAAAAAACAAAAAAGUGAAAAAAAAGGUAUCGUGACAAAUCCUAUGAUUUUUUCUGAAUUAAAUAGUAGAUGUCAAUUAGAUCUUAUUGAUUAUCAAAGUCAAGCUGAUGGUGAAUAUAAAUUUGUGUUGGUGUAUCAAGAUCAUUUGACAAGGGUUUUUUAAAUGUACAUGCCAACAAAAGUGCACCACAAAACGGUGCAUAUGUUUAAAAAAUAAUUUACUUUGUAAUU